GGACAUACCAGAGAGUGUAUUCAUAACUUCUCAAAGUUUUGUGGGGUGUCAAGCAUCAUGUGACUGAAAAAAUAAAGAUUUCUUAACAUAUAUUUAUAUAUAUUACAUAAUAUUUAUCCAGAGACAGUAGUACUUAAUUUUGAGUAUGGAAGAAAUAGCCACAGAAUAUGAAAAGAAGAAGCUUCAGGGUUUCCUCCGUGACAUAUUAAGAAUUGGCUGUACCAAAGGAUUUCGCUAUUUUUCAAUGUAUUUGCGUGGACGGGAAGAAUUAUUGCUGAAAGUACAAAAUGAACAACUGCCCUGCAAUCCUUCAGAUUUGGAGUUUGAUCAAGAAGUCGUCACAGAUGUUUCCAAUGAUGAUAUUGAUGAAGAAGAAGAGGAGGAGGACAAACAAUCAAGCAGCUUUCCUGAAAAACCUCUACCAAGAGCAUAUGACUCAAUGAUGUUAUCUAAAAGUACACAAAGGAGCAUAAGUGGCUUUCAUUUUUUGGAUAUUGGUUUACCUCCUGCAAGUCCUUGUGAAGCUGAUAGUUUAAAUGCUGAGACCCAUUCAACGCUUUUUCUGCUGGCUGCGUAUGGAAGGUACAAGAGUCCGUAUGUAUGGGUACGUUCCAAUCACAACAGAUUGAUUCGAUUUACUGAAAAUUAUACUUCUAAUGAUGAAGUCUACCAAAUACAAGAUAGUCCCUUGAAAUUAAAAUCCACAUCGGAAUGGAGUCAUAAAGAUGUCAAGAUUUGGGACAUACUUGCUGAGAUUGUGAGAAUCAAUGUGUUGCCGUGCCCAAGAAAUCCAUUUGCUGUGGAGCAUUCCUAUUUCGACGAGCUGUCCCCGCACGAUGGACUCUUAGCAACAGGAGCCAUGGUCCAAUUGCUGCAAAGAAUACUUUUGCAUGGUGAUCAUAGUUACCACACCUCGGUUGCUGAAGAUUUGAACGAAAUAACAAGAAAACAUUUCAAGAUUUUAAGCUCCCUGGUUACACAACCUGUAGCGCGAACCUAAGAGGAUGACGCCAUGUAAAAUGUGAAAACGAAGGAAUAAGUUAUUUCCCUCUUACUUUGUCUGUGUCGUUGUUGUUUUUGUUCCUUUUGCUGUAUAUAUUUCUAGAAACCUGGAUUCGUAUAUUGUAUUGGCUGUUCAGAGGCCGGAUUAUAACUGUAUUGUUGUCAAACGAAAAUAUUUAAAUUAAAAAAUAAUUUGUAUUAAAGUUUUUAGUAGUGCAAAAAUUUUAUGUAUAUAUAUAUAUACACAUUUAUUUAUUAGUUAUUUUAACUGUAACAUUUAAAAAAUUUUAAGCUAUUUUUUUUUUCUCAGAAAGCCGAUGUAACAGAAAUGUUGAUUCUAAUAGUCGGAUAGUUUCAAGCCGCUACGAAAUUCUGCGUUUGUUUUGUCCCAAAUGCAAUCGUUAAGUAUUUCUGAGAAAACCAACAAUAAAAGCCUUUUUUAUAUUGGAUACUGCGUUAAUUAAAAAAGCUGGAAAAUCUGACAUUUUAUUUGUUUGUUUUUUUGCGUUUACGUUGAAUACUUUUUAAUUUUUAUUAAUUUUUUCUUUUUUUAUAUAUAUAGCAAAAAAGAACUAAUUAUGGAUGUUUCAUCUAUUAAUAUGUACUUCUUACUUAUUUAUGAAAUUAUUCAGAAGUUGCUUGA